GAGGGGGACCCCGCCCCCGCCCGGCGUGUGUGUCGUGUGUAUUUGCGUCCCGCGCGUGUUGCACGCCCUCCGUCUCUGCGCCUCCCGCCCCCGAGGCCCAGCUGCUGCCCCAGCGCCCGUGGCCCCGCAGGGCGUCGCGGGCCAACAUGGGCCAGGAAGAGGAGCUGCUAAGAAUCGCCAAAAAUCUGGAGAAGAUGGUAGCCAGGAAGAACACGGAAGGGGCCCUCGACCUCCUGAAGAAGCUGAACAGCUGUCAGAUGUCCAUCCAGCUACUCCAGACAACCCGGAUCGGAGUCGCUGUGAACGGGGUCCGGAAGCACUGCUCAGACAAGGAGGCAGUGUCCUUGGCCAAAGUCCUCAUCAGAAAAUGGAAGCGGCUGCUGGAGUCCCCUGGGUCCCCCAAAGGAGGAAAAGGAGAGGAAAGAGAAAAGGCCAAGAAGAAAGAAAAAGAACUCGCCUGUUCCAGUUGGAAGCCAGGGGCAGGCCUUUCUCCGCCAAGGAAGAAGCAAGGGGAGGAGCCCAAAGACAGGAGAGACUCUGUGGAUUCCAAGUCUUCAGCCACCUCCUCUCCAAAGAGACCAUCGAUGGAAAGAUCAAACAGCAGCAGAUCGAAAGCAGAGACCUCCCCCAGGACACCCAGCAGCCCCUCGAGCCCCACCUUUGCCCCCUCCCUCUGCCUCCUGGCACCCUGCUAUCUCACAGGGGACUCGGUCCGGGACAAGUGUGUGGAGAUGCUCUCGGCGGCCUUGAAGGCAGAUGAUGAUUACAAGGUCUAUGGAGUCAACUGUGACAAGAUGGCAUCAGAAAUCGAAGAUCAUAUCUACCAGGAGCUCAAGAGCACAGACAUGAAGUACCGGAACCGCGUGCGCAGCCGAAUUAGCAACCUCAAGGACCCCAGGAACCCUGGCCUGCGGCGGAACGUGCUCAGUGGGGCCAUCUCCACCAGCCUCAUUGCCAAGAUGACAGCAGAGGAGAUGGCCAGCGAUGAGCUGAGGGAGUUGAGGAAUGCCAUGACCCAGGAGGCCAUCCGUGAGCACCAGAUGGCCAAGACAGGCGGCACCACCACUGACCUCUUCCAGUGCAAGAAAUGCAAGAAGAAGAACUGUACCUAUAACCAGGUGCAGACACGGAGCGCUGAUGAGCCCAUGACUACCUUCGUCUUAUGCAAUGAGUGCGGCAAUCGCUGGAAGUUCUGCUGAUAGACCUGCCAGCCAGGAUUUCAGUGAACAAGUUGAGGAAGAACAAAGAGAAAGAACUAAGCCAUCAUAACUGGAGAAAAAAUAAAAAUGAAACUGAAAAAAAAAAUGCUGAACUCUGAAUGGGGCACUAGGGAUCAGAGGGAGAAUCCUUCCACAAAUUAAUCAUCGGUUACUGAUAAGACUGGCUAACAGAGGGAGCCUAAUUAGGCGACCAUGCUAAGAGGUGUCAAAUCUUUGACGGUAGCUGGCAGACCUUUGCUUUGGGUCCCUUCCCUCACAUGUGAACUUCUCAACCUUUUUUGAGUUGCAAAAUGAAAGACUGACGCAAGUCUUACUGCGCCCCACCCCAGAGUCACGCACACGGAACCCUGCAGCCUCUGCACAAAUCUGCACCGCACAGGGUGAUUGUGCAUGGUGAUUUGGCUCCGGCGGACAUGACUUCCAUGCCAUGUCGGAAGAUUUUUUCCCCCUACUCUGCAUCUUUAUCUUUUCCCAAGCUCUGUUACUCCCUGUUCAUAGCUGGCUUUGGGGCCUUUGAGUCAGGGAGCAGAUUAUCUUGAACUGAGUCUUUCCACCUGAAGGGUACAGUGGUGCCCUCGGUUCCCCUGGAAGGUCCUGAGCCCCACGCCCCAGACUCUGCCUUGGCCCUGGCAAUGUGUCCUUCCUGCGCUAUCUGGGGCCCAAGCUCCAGAAAAGGUCUGCAGGGCAAGGGUUCUUUGUCAUGCUUCUGCCACGGUGACGUCGGCUUACUUUUUUAGCUGAUAGGAAGGUGCUUUAGUCAAAAGUCUUCUGGGAAAGACCUGGGAGCAGGUCUGGUGGGCCUGUCUGGGGUCUCCUUCUCUCAAUGCCCCUGGCCUUCUGGCAGCCCAAGCCUGAGCCUCCUGGGUGCUGUUUCCUGAAACGGCUCACGGGCAGGAGCCCAUGAACUCCUGGGAGCCUGGGCAGGUCACUCGCCCUCUCUGAGCUAUUUCCCUACGUGCAAAAACAGGAGUAGUGCUGGUACCUACCUCACAGGGUGACUGUGCAGAGGCUGCUGGGUCUCCAUCUGUCUUGGUACAGCCCUAGGGCAGCUGCCUGGAGGAAAUUCAGCCAGAGUUCUUUACAUGCCCUGAGCAUCACCCACUCUGAAUUGGUGACCACCUUCCUCCUUCCACCCGCCUAGUACCUCCUCCUAGAUGAAGCCUGUGAAUAAACUGUGUACAGAAA